GGAUGUUUUGACAGAUACAUUUUUUUCGAUAAAAAAUUAGCUUAAAAUGAUAGCAUUAUCAAGGAAUUCAUUUUCAAAGUUUUUAAUACUGUAUCCAAAACAGUGUUUACAUAAAGAAAUCAAACCAUGCUUAAUAACGUGAAACUUAGUGUUGUUUUAUUUCUCGGAAUCUUAAUAUAUUCGAUAGCUUUGCAAGGUCCUUUUGAGAAGAAUGUCCACGAAAACUACGAUAUUCAAUCAGCUCCAGUCCCCAUUGUAAUAUGGCAUGGUAUGGGUGACACUUGUUGUGAUCCUAUGAAUAUGGGGAAAAUUAUAAAGUUCCUACAGCAGAGUAUUCCAGGAGUCUACGUAAAGUCUUUGAAAAUCGGUUCAAAUUUCUUAGAAGAAAUGGUGAACGAUUAUCUAAUGAAUGCAAAUGAUCAAGUUGAAUUUGCUUGUAAUCUGAUACAUAGUGAUAUGUUGUUGAAAAACGGAUAUAAUGCAAUUGGAUUUUCUCAAGGGAGUCAGUUUCUUCGAGCCAUUGCCCAAAGAUGCCCAAAUCCUGCAAUGAAAACUUUAAUUACAUUUGGUGGACAGCACCAAGGCGUUUAUGGUUUUCCUAGAUGUCCUUCAGAAAAUGUAACAUUGUGUGAUUACGUACGCAGGUUACUUAACGUCGGAGCUUAUGUUGGUUGGAUCCAGAAGCACUUGGUUCAAGCACAGUAUUGGCAUGAUCCUCUUCAUGAAGAUGAAUAUAAAACUAAAAGUAUUUUUUUAGCGGACAUCAAUAAUGAGCGUGUUAAAAACAAAACUUACAAAAAUAACUUGAAACGGCUUGAGAAUUUUGUGAUGAUCAAGUUUCUUCAAGAUCGAAUGGUAGAUCCCAAAGAAUCCGAAUGGUUUGGAUAUUACAAACCAGGUCAGUCCAAUGAUAUUUUGAAGCUCCAAGACACAAAAUUAUACAAAGAAGAUUGGCUUGGAUUAAAGGAAAUGGAUCAAAAGGGUAAACUUCAUUUCUUACAAAUUGAUGCUGAUCAUCAAAUUAUCAGUUUAAAAUGGUUUAAGGAAAAGGUGGUUGACAAGUUUUUAGUGUGAAUAUGCAUCUUUAAGACAUUGUUAUGUACUAGAGAAAGGAAUUAAUCUUUUAUGAAUAAUUCAUUUUUUCCAUCAGUUGUUUUAAUUAUGUUUAUCAUUUGAAAAUUAAAAUUUGUAAAAAUUUUAUAUUCAAAGCAUUCAAAUAAGUACUUUUUACUUUUCAUUUAGCAAUUUAUAGCUGAAAAGCUAUUGUAGAUGAUAAUUUGUAUUUGUUUAUAAUGUAAGUUAGUUUUGAAUUGCCUGAGAUGAUUAAGCAAAGUUAGGUGAACGUAUAAUGUUGUUUCAAAAAUAUCAUCUUAGGUAAUUCCAAACUCAAUUACAUUUGGAACAAUGAAAAUUCACAAUAUAGGUAUAAAGAAAUUUCGUUAUAGUAAAUUUCAUUAUAGUUGUAGUAUAUUAAAUAAUUUUUCUGGUCCCUUGUACUUAAAAUCGGAUUGGACUAUAUAAACAUAAAGAUAGUUCAAAUAUAUUUUACGUUCCCAUGUUAUUUCAUCUAUCUAUGAAGAAUUGAAUCCUAAUGCUGUGAAC